CAAGGUCCCCUGACCGAGUCCCCAGCAGGGACGUCCUAUACCUGACCCGGCAAAAACGCCUGGCCCAGCGAGUGGAACCGUGGACUGUCCGGGCCCUCCCGGCACUCCGCGGCCCCUGGGAUCCGACAAUUCCAAUAAUACUGGAAAUUGACCAAUUUUGACAAGAUGUAGUGCUGCAUUGUGCCUGAUGGAAUAUGAUAAAUCAUGGCAUCCGAACUUUGUAAGACGAUCUCUGUGGCAAGGCUUGAAAAGCACAAGAAUUUGUUCUUAAAUUAUAGGAAUCUGCACCAUUUUCCAUUGGAGUUACUGAAAGAUGAAGGACUGCAGUACUUGGAGAGACUCUAUAUGAAAAGGAACUCCCUUACCACCUUGCCAGAAAACCUUGCUCAGAAGCUUCCAAACCUUGUGGAACUGUACCUUCAUUCAAAUAACAUAGUUGUGGUUCCAGAAGCUAUUGGGUCCCUUGUAAAACUCCAGUAUCUGGAUCUUAGUGACAAUGCCUUAGAAAUUGUUUGCCCAGAAAUUGGUCGGCUGAGAGCUUUACGUCAUCUUCGAUUAGCAAAUAACCAACUGCAAUUCCUACCUCCAGUACCUCACUGUGGACCGAAAUCGUCUAUGGUAUGUGCCGCGCCAUCUCUGCCAGUUGCCCAGCCUCAACGAGCUCUCCAUGGCUGGAAAUCGUCUUGCAUUUUUGCCACUUGUUGUAUGGCCAUCUUCAGUGUCAAAUUUGGCUCUGCCAUUUUGGAUUCAAAAACUCCUUUGGACACUCUAGUUGGCCUCUUUCAGUGCAUCUCUCCAUUUUCCCGGCAGGGUCUGCCUGACACGGAUUUAGGUCGAUCUCGAGAACUGCAAUACGUAUAUGUGGAUAACAACAUUCACCUGAAGGGCUUGCCAUCUUACCUGUACAAUAAGGUCAUCGGGUGCAGUGGCUGCGGAGCCCCCAUCCAAGUGUCUGAGGUAAAGCUGCUCUCCUUUUCAUCGGGGCAGCUGACCGUCUUCCUCCCAGCUGAGGUGAAGGCCAUAGGGACAGAGAAUGAUCACGUCCUGCCUCUGCAAGAGCUGGCCAUGAGAAGUCUGUAUCAUGCCCAUCACAGAUUUCUAAAAGAUUUGAACUUUUUGUCUCCAAUCUCAUUACCCAGAAGUCUCCUGGAGCUGCUGCACUGCCCCUUGGGGCACUGUCACCGGUGUAGUGAGCCCAUGUUUACCAUCGUCUACCCCAAGCUCUUUCCCUUGAGAGAGACGCCGAUGGCAGGGCUGCACCAGGGGAGGACAACAGUUAGCUUUGUGGCUUACUGCUGCUCCACCCAGUGUCUGCAGACUUUUGACCUGCUGAGUUGAUAAACACUCAAGCCUCAGGAGCACUGCCAGCUUGACACCGAGGCUGCCUGUGAGUCGCACACUGUGUGCGGCAGGGCUUGGAGAAUCCAGCCAGUGCGGAACAGGCCCUUCCAUCCUGUCCUGUCCAAUGCGGGGGCAUGCAGAACUCUGGAAAUGUCAUAUUGAGCUGCACAGCUAAAAUGCCUUCACCCUUCCCCCAAGUUGGAAUAUAUCCUCCCCCAAAUUAAGGACAUCCUGUCUUCUGUGUUUUUUCUUUUUAUGUGAGUGUGUCUCAUAUGUAAACUAUUUAGUUUGAUGAGCCUCCCCAUGUCUAAUUUAAAGCAAGUUGCAGUACCCUGAAGAACUAUAAUUUGAUAAUACAGGCAAUUUAACUUGAA